GGGAGAAACAGACAAUAUUCGUCCAAGCCUUGGCGCUAAGAACCAUCUCCUCCCCACAAGAAUCAUAGCGGAAGAUGGCCCCACAAGCAACGACCCUCCCGUUCCUCGCGAUCCUGCGCAAGCUCAACUCCAGCGCCUCGCCACCCGUGUUGUCAAAGUAGAUGUCGACAUACUCCGGCGUCGCCUCCUCGAACUCCUGACGGAAGUUGGGGCUCUUAUAAUUCAGCGCGAUAUCGGCGCCGCACUCCUCCCUGAUGACGUUGCACUGCUCCUCGCUGCCGGCGAUCCCGACGACCCGCUUGACGCCGAGGACGUUCUUCGCGAUCUGCACUACGAUGGAACCGAUCGCUGCGGCGGCGGCAGAAACCACGAUGGUCUUGUCGGAGAAGGAGGAGGCGGCGCCGACGCUCAGCAGGCCGAAGUACGCCGUUAGCGCAGUGCCACCCAUGGCCAUGAAGUCCGCGGGGUUGGUCUUCGGCGGGAUCUUCACCAGUUGCCAGUCGCUGGGCGAGUCCGUGUCGACGAGGACGUACUCGCUCCAGCCGAAGGCCCCGCGGACUAGGUCGCCCUUUCUGUGCUCCGGGUGGGAACUCUCGAUCACUUCGCCGAUCGCCGUCGCGCUCAUCACGUCACCCUCCCUCACGGGAUAGGUGUAUAAUCUGUCCGGGCUCGUGUCGCUGAUCCAGGUGCGCUGCGCAGGGUCGUUCGAGAACCAGAGUAUCUUCAGGAGGAUCUUGUUGGCGGAUUUGUCCGGCGCCGUGGAGGGGUAGAUUGGCCUCUCGAUCAGCUUGAAGGCACCCGAGAUUGGGUGGGUUCUUUGGGGGUAUUGAUGGAGGAUCCAUUGGCGGGUUACGGUUGGGGUUGUGUUAUUUGUCUCGGCGGGUUUAUCGAAUACUACCAUGUUGGGCGGGGUUGGUUUUCGCGCUUUGGUAUCGCCGGGGGGAUCUGUAUCAAUUCACUGCGUAGGAGCUUCUGGAUUGUGGUAUUAUAUAUAUUCCUGAUAUUUGACGGUGAUGGUUUCUGACUUAGCCGUAUGAUAUGUUAUGACGUGAUGAUUUGCGCGGGAGUAGGGAAUGUCAAUUUGGUCAUUGUGAAGUA